UACGUCACACGUUCUGAUAGCUGAUAAAAUGUUAGUAUAAUCAGUAUGAUACAGUAUUUAUCAGACCUUUCAGACUGAUAAUACAGUUGUGAUUAAGCCGUGGAGUGGUCACGUCCAAACAUGAGGUCUCCGAAUAUUUAAAACAUGGAUGAUAACACGAUAAUAAUCGCAAGCGUAUUCGGUGCGUCGUGGCUUGUACUCUGUGUACUGGUGGUGGUCCUGUUCGUCCAACUGGCCAGCCUCAGGAAGAGAGUCAAUGAUAUGCAAGCCACCGGCAGGAUCCGAGUGCAAAAACUGAGAAUGGACAACGAUGGCAACCACGCGUUCCAUAACCCCGGCAUCACCCCUGAUGAGGAGUUAUCAAAACGAGGGUUCUCCAUAUACGCUACGGAUGAUGUCGAGGGUCAGCCCACCAGGGAGCGAGAGCGGCAGACAGGUGGGCAACUGGUAGAUGAGCUGCAACGAGAAAUAGAAAGUAGACACCAGAGGGCGUCAACUGCACCGCCAUUUCUUCUGCAGAGCAUCGAAGAGAAUAAGAAGAAAAGCAGAGGCUUCAGCCAGACCAACGGCCGACAGAGUGAUACUAAUCCUAACUUCAUUUAUUAAGGAUAUGAAAAAAGUAAUCGAAUUAAUAAUGCUACAGUUUCUUUCAGGUCUGAAGAGCUCUGAAUUUUAUUGCUUUAAAAGAUAACGGGUAUAUGUAGUAGUGGAACGAACGGAGGAAAGGCCACGUAUGUUGUGUUGAAUGUAUAAUAUU